GCACGCCUUAUCCUUGUUGUGAUAAAAAAGCCAAUUGGUUAGCUGUCAUUCACACUAAGGCACGUAGUAUAAUUGAGACUCCAACUUCUGAAACUUAUACAAGAGCAUUUCAAGUAGAUAGACUAGAAGUCAUACUACCAAUAAUUGUUGUUGAUGAUGAUGAAUGGAAUAACCAAGGAGUCUCUAAGAUUCGUUAUGAAGAAGUAGAUGUGUCAACUGACAAUAUGGUUUAUGAUGAUGAUGAUGAUGGUGAUGUUGAUGACGACGAAGACACCGAAAAUAGUAAGGAAGAUUCUUAUGUGGAUGAAGAUGAAGAAGAAGAAGAUGAUGAUGAUGAUACAUAAAAUAAUGUGAUUUUUCAUUCUUCUUUAGUUGAGUUUAAGUUUGAUUGCAUUGACUUCUAAUUGAUUUACUUUUUAUUAAGAUUUAUCUUGUGAUGAUUAUUUACUAUUAACUCAAAGUGCUUGAAUAUGUAGAUGGCAGGUCGUGGUUCAAAGUGUGAUAGAACACACUUGAGCUCUUCAUCUUCUCCACAAUUAUCUGACCAACUCAACAAAUUCUCUGUUCAAACAUCUUCUCUACCUAUGGGUGAAGCAUCUACUAGAUCUCCAGCUAUAAAUGAAGAAUGUAGCAAACCCUUGUCAUCCCACGGAUUAUCUCCAGUUAUGACUCAAUCAUAUAAUAGACCUUCAUUAUCACCUCGAGCAUUAUCUCCUCAGAUCCCAUCUCCUGGAACUAAAAAUUCGUAUCCCCCUACUCCUCUGGCCCCUCCUACCUUUUCACCAUCAGGUUAUGAUUCUUCAGAUGGUCAAACAUGGAUAUAUCCUGAGAAGAAAACGUUUAAUCCUGCUGUUGCUACUAUACGAAAUAUUCUUCUUGUUAUUCAAGAGAAAUUUGACCAUCUAUGUUCCAGCUGGAAAGCGACACCACCUAAAUAUAAGAAAAUGUGA